UCUGGAGCAUUCACAGAAAUUAGUCUCUGUAGAGUUGCCUUCUUCCAACUUCCGUCUAGCUAAUUUACCUUUAGCCCCUACAACUGAAGACCAACGAAUCAAUGAAGGUACUGUCUCCAGCCAGGUUCCUCAGGUAAUAAAUGAGGUUCAACAUCAAGUUGUUAUGCAACUUGAUUCAAUGACACCUACUGGAGGCAGAACUCAUUUGUCAAACACUAUAAAUAGGUCCACUCCUUCUGAGAUCCGUAGCCAACCUAUACAAACUGCAACCCUAUCUGCUUCUAGGAUGCCUCCACCAUUAUACGUUGAUCCACUUAAAAUUGAAAUGGAAAAAAUACGUAAAGAAACAUGUCAAGCUGUUAAAGACCAUGAAAAUGUGAAAUUGCAGUUGAAAUCUGAUCACGAAAAGGAAUUGAAAGAAAUUGUUAGGAUAUAAUAUUAAACUUCAGGAGAUUGAGGUCGAGUAUCAGCAGAAGAAGAAGAACUUGGAUGCAAAUAUCAACAAAGCUCUUGCCAACAUAAAAUUGGCAGAGGCUAUCUGGUCAAAAUGUCGUGGCCCUCAAUCAAUAGGCGCAAAACGAAUGCCAAAAGAUGCAAAUUCCGCUCAACAGUUUGUUCAACUUCAUGGAGAACAAAGUGCUGUCAGGUCCUCCCUAGUUGUCGGUCCAUCGUCAUGGAUGCCUUCUGCAACCAAUCUGCCAAGUGGCUUUGCCAUGGCUGGAUCUCAGCUUGUGGCGACUCCUAUUCAACCUUCAUAUGGAACGGCAGGAAAUUUCUCCAAUGUUUCUGCAAGACCACUUCAGGCUGUUGGUAACAUCCAUGCCUUUGCACACUACCCCCAGCUGUAUGGAUCAUUAACUUCUAAUACUAUGCCAACCACAAGACAUCGUACCCCUCUGCGUGGGAUGUCCGACAGACUAGUUCCUAGUAACAUCCCUGCAACGUCUCUCUCAUUUCCUCGCCUUUCAACCCACCAACACCACCAUCCUAUCAGGGAGAUCCUCGUAAUAGAGGGCAGUGGCCUUUCAACUUUUAUGGCAUGAAUAGUCUUAUGAAUGCUGCCAAUCAAUUUGGUAUCAAUUUGCCAAAUGUUUGGCCCCACGUGUAAAGGUGUGGCUUUAUGGAACCUACCUCUACACUUGUUAUGAUGAUCGCAUGCAGGCUCACUUAGUUUGAUAUUAGUGUCUCUUUUCGGUCGAGCUCUAGUUCCAAUCAUCGCCACGGUGG